GCUACCACUUCGAACACUGGCUCGUCGUCAUGGAGAAGCCCGAAGGCGACCCCACCCGCGACGAAAUCAUCGAUUCCUACAUCAAAACUUUGGCCAAGGUUAUCGGAAGUGAAGAGGAAGCCCGGAUGAAGAUAUAUUCUGUUUCGACUAGGCACUACUUUGCGUUUGGUGCGCUUGUGUCUGAAGAGCUUUCUUACAAGAUUAAAGAAUUGCCGGGAGUUCGGUGGGUGCUUCCUGAUUCUUAUUUGAAUGUCAAGGAGAAGGAUUAUGGAGGUGAGCCCUUUAUUAAUGGGCAAGCGGUUCCUUAUGAUCCCAAAUAUCAUGAGGAGUGGGUUAGAAACAAUGCUCGGGCUAAUGAAAGAAACAGGCGCAAUGACAGGCCUCGAAAUGCUGACAGGUCAAGGAACUUUGACAGGAGGAGGGAGAAUGUGGUGAACAGAGACAUGCAGGGUAGACCUCCUAUGCCUGGCGGUCCUCCAAGCAAUGCAGGUGGUUUCCCUCCAAAUAAUGCAGGUGGAUAUGGACCUCCAGGCAACAUGGGUGGGCCCCCUCCCAGCAACCCGGGUGGAUAUCCUCCUAACAAUGCCGGUGGGUAUGCCCCUCCCAAUGCAGGUGGAUAUGCCCCUCCCAAUGCAGGUGGGUAUGCCCCUCCCAAUGCAGGUGGAUAUGCUCCACCCAAUGCAGGUGGAUAUGCUCCUAACACGAGUGGUGGCUAUGGUCCAGGGGGUGGUGUGCCACAGAAUAACUACCCUGGCAGCAUGGGAGGGGUGCCACCAAACCAGAACACGGGAGGGUAUCCGAAUGGAGGAUGGUCAAAUAAUGCUCCCAAUAGAGACGUGCAAAACAGGGAUAUGGGAGGAGCACCUGGUGGGAACCCGUAUACUGCGUGAGAUCUCUGCAGAUUUUUCAAGCUGUUGUAGAUAACGAAGAAUUGUGUCCUAAGAAAACAUAGAGUUUAUGCCAUGUUUCUCAAGGAAUUAGAAUUUGUUAGUCUUACGUGGUUGUUACUUCUUAUUUCUAAUGAACCUGCGUAUUGUGUAUCUGAAGUUCACAAUUUUUGAAGGCUAGAUACGAUGGUUAUAUUUGUGGGGUUGACUGUCUAGUUUGUUAUAUGAUUGAGGUUGCCUUGCAGACCUAUAUAACUGUUGGACUGCUGGUAAUAAUACAUGUUUAGGGUUGUAGUUUAUUUAAAAAAGGUUUCCCUCGUAAUUAAAUCGACUCUUCAUAUUUUCAUGUUA